AGACUUUAGUGUCUCUAUUAUAUAGACAUUGGUAUUUUGGCUGCUUAAAAAUCCUUUGAGACACAAUUAACUAUCAUCAUAUGAUGUUUUCCAUAAUAUAAUGUUCGAUAUUUUAAAUCUCUGACAAGUCUGGCAUCUCUAAAUAUUGCGAAUAAUCAGGAAUCAGCCGGGAUAUUUGGAUUGAUUGUUCUGUUUGAGUCCUUGCAAGCCCAGCAUGGACUAUGAUCUAUUCCAGUCGGAUGACGAUGAAGACAUACUCACGGCCUUCAAUGAGGCAACACAGAGACUACAACAGGAGACCCCCAGCCACCAAAUAGAGUUGGACAACCAGGAUGGCGAAGACGAUGAGGAGGAUGAUGAUGGCCUAGACAUCUUGCCCGAGUUCAACUGCACCGGUCGCGAUACUCCAAAGGCUAACAGCUUCCCAAGGGCAGGAUUUGUUCACAAUGGCUUCACGCAGCACCAUCCCCCAUACAGCAAAUGGGACCAAAUUUGCACGGAAUUCAACAAGGAACAGCUGCAGGUUAACGCAGUGACACAUUACCUCUACACUGAGGCUUGCAAGAAUGUCCAGAAGCUUUUUGCCGCCGUGGCCGGACAGCAACAGCUACAGGCCCCCACAACUUUGAGCAACUCAAUUUGGUAUAGAACACGACAGCAGGUGACCCAGUUUUACCAUUUGAUAUUGCGCAUACUCGAUGAAAACAUCUGCAACGAAGCACCCCGAUUUCUGGAGGAUCUGCGCCACCUGCUCAACAAUCUACUGGAUGCAGAGGCCUGGAAGGUUCUGUACUUUGCGGAGCACAGCAAGGGAAACGAGUGCCAGGCGCCGGCCUAUCAUCUGUAUCACGGUGUUCUAGAGUGGCGUUUUCUCGACCUAAUCCUGCUCAACGAGUGCCAUGGGGCGACGGAGGCGGUGCUGUUGAGCCAGCUGGAGCAUACGCUGGACGAUUUGGUGCUGUGUGCCAGCCAUCACUACCGCAGCAAGCAUCGACCCGAGCUCAUUCACACAUCCGCGUUCAUGUGUCGCUGCACCAAGGAGCUCUGGCUGCUGCUCGUCGAGCUGGCGCCCAAGUGGCUGCUCCAGAGUCACCUGGACAUUUGGGAUCUUUUCCACAAGGCCAUGCAGAGCCACAAAGCGGUCUAUUUCCAAGCCGACAGCAAUGCCGUUUCAUUGGCCUUCCACGAGUUCUACGCAUGGCUGAGGCUCAGCCUCGCCCGCCUCUGCGACUACACGGACCAUGAGGAGGAGUAUAAACGGCACCUUGGUGCGGGCACCCCUGGAAGUACCUCUGAAAACUUUCAGACUGCCAGCCUGCUGAAGCAAUUCCUCUCCAGCCAGCCGGAUGAACAGCAGCGACGUGUCUAUCUGUGUCUGCUGGCCCCACUCGAACUGCAGCGGGGACGACCCGACCCAGAUGUGCUCUGUCAGCUGUGGGAGUACCUGCAUCGCUCGCUCAACUGCAACUUCAAUGCGGGCACAGAGCUGGAACAGCUGCCGCUCACCUGCCCCAGUGGCUCGGCGUAUGUGGAGCGCUACAGCAAGCUGCUGUCCAGGGAUCAGCUGGAGGAUCUCAAUCUCAGCAGCUUCACCAUGUACGCCUGGAUGCUGGGUCGGACCUUGAAGCUGCUGCCAGCCCAGCAGGGAAAGGGCAACCAGCGACAGAAGCUGCUCGGACGGAUCUUCAGCAAGUUCAGUGCAGCCAAGUUGCUGGCUCUGAAUGAGCCGGGCAUACACCAUGUGAUAGAGCUGUUCCUCUGCCUGCUACUCUCCCACGAGGACCUCUCCGAGCUGGCGCCCAAGCUCAGGGAGAUGCUGCUGUGUCUCGCCAUAGAGAAAUUACCACCGGUCCGGCGCAUUUUAGUGGCCAAGGGACACAUGGCCCUGCUGCUGCUGCAUGCGCGGCAUCGUCUCUCCAUGGAUGACUAUGUGGCGAAGCUGCUCGGCCAACUGGCAGCCAUCCGGAACGACGUGGAAGUGGCUGCCAUAUACGUGGGUACACUUCAGGCCAUUUUCGACCUGGCCGAUGACUUUGCCCGCGGCGAGCAGCUGCUCCUGGGCCCCUGGCUGACGAACUAUGUCGAAAAGUGUGGCCAGGCCUCGCAGGAUCGCGUCUGGCAGGCUCUGCACUCGCUCAUCCAGCGGCUAGGCGAACCGAGAGUCGUCUCCGGCAAUGCCAGUGGAAUGAAGGAGGCGCUCCAGCAACAAAUUCUGCCCCUGCUGCGGACGCAGUACGUCAGUGGGCACAGCUCUUGGCUGCCGAGGCUGGCGGCGGAGUUCGUGGGCCUGGACAAGGAUCGGGAGAAGCUUAUGGUGAGUUUUUUGCAGGGACCCGAACCUGCCAACAUGGCUGCCUCGGCCCAACUCAUCGUUCACCUGCUGGAAGAGGGAAGAGGCCAGAGCAGCCAGGUGCCGGCGGCACCGUCGAGUGCCACCAUCCUGCAGGUGUGGGUCAAAUCUCUGGUGCUGCUCACCGCCCAGCACGAGUCCGUGGCGGCGCUUACCGCCCAUGUGGUGCAGCUGGAGGAGUUUCAGCAGCUGGCCAUAGAUCCCACCUCUUUGGCGGGUCGCGAGCCGCUCUGCGCUUUUUUCGGUGCUCUCGGGCGACGGGCCCAGCAAGAGGAUGCGGCCGCCAAUGCCCGCAUCCGCAUGCAGCUGAGCCACAGGCUGCACGCCUACGUGAACCACUUUGAGAUGUGGCUACCGCCGGACCGGCUACGCUCUGAGCUCGGCUCCCGGUUCUACAGCUUCCUUGCCAUCGUCAUCUACAACUGUCCGAGCCUCGCGUAUGUGCGCUCGAAGCCCAGCUGCUUCUUCCACCUGGCCAUGGUGCGGUUCCUGCUGACCACACAGCUACAGGCCGGCGUGCCGCCCGAGGGUCGCCUGCCCCAAAUGGUGCACAAGAUCUUCCCCGUGCUGCUGCAGGGUAUCGGUCGGCUGCCCUACCGCACGGACGCUUAUCUGGGCAAAACGCUGGAGCAGCUCAUCCUCCACUGGACGCCGCACUUCAACUUCUCCCCCAACGCCAAGCUGGUGGCGCGUCCCUACACGACGCUCCUCCAGGCCGAUGCCAGGGACGAUGGUGAACUGGCACAGUUUGUGCUCCAGCAGCUGGUGGGCCACUUUCUGGUCGUUCUGCGCCGCAAGGCGGGCAACCACUCGGGCCUCGUGGUCACUUUGCUGCAGCAGCUGGUCGAGGGCAUCGCUGCCGAUCAGGAACAGCAGCUCCUAAUCCUCCUCCGAGCGGUGCACACACCCCUCCUGGAGCACGUCAUGUUCGUGGAUGAGCUGGAGCACAGUCGGGGCCAGGUGCUGUCUCUCUAUCGCAUCAUAGUCUCACACGAGUGCUUCAGGAGAUCGCAGCCAGCCAGGGAGCUGUGCCUGAGCCACCUGCGCUCCCUGGCCGAGAAACACUUGGCCCACUGCACAUAUUUCUACUUUCAAAUGCUCAUCAAGCUGUCGGAACUGUCGCCGCAGCUGGCGGCACCGCUGCUGCCCUUCGUGCGGGAGCAGGCCAAGCUGGUCGAGCUGAAGCGCGGAGCUGGCGAGGAUGUGGGCAUACGCAAGUGCCUGCAGCGACUCGAAAAGGUCCUGGGGGUAGCCGUGUAACCCUUUGCCAAUAAACAUACCAAGAUGAAAAUC